AUGACCAAGAAUAGUAAAAGAGAACUGUCAAAAUAACGAAAUGACUAAUAAACAGAGGACACAGAAGAAUGAUCUGUUGAUUGCUUGGCGGUCAAGGAAGGAAGAUCCCCGUUAGGGCUUUUUGAUCAUAGAAAAAGAAUGAAGGAUUUCCCAAAAACCCUUACUUCAUUCUAAAAAGAAUCUAAACACAUUAGCUUCCACCGAUCUUGUUCUUGUCUGUAUGCAACAGAUUGAGAAACGUAGCCUUCUCUGUUCGUUUCUCUCUGUGUUUCAUCUGAUACAUUUACAAGCAUUGCUUUUGGAAAUGGCAGAACUAAGAUCAGGUGUUCUUUUCAAGCUUCUAGAAGAAAUGGGAGUCGGGAAAGUGCGAAGAGACGUCGAUCACAGACCGGUUUUGCUGCAGAUAAGAAGCAUAAUCCCUGUGUUAGCAGCUGGAGGAUUAUGGCCAAACAAAGGUUUCUUCUUGAGGAUAACAGAUUCAACACACUCAAUGUAUGUAUCAUUGCCGCGAGAAGAGAACGAUCUUGUUCUUUACGACAAGUUACAAAUCGGGCAAUUGAUAUUCAUCGAGAAGCUUGAAUUUGCUUAUCCAGUUCCUAUGAUCAAAGGCAUUAGACCAACUCCAGGCCGAAGGGCUUGCACCGGUGAUCCAAUCGAUCUAAUCCCUAAAGAACGGAUCGAAAAGUUCUGUGUCGGUCUAUCGGAUAUGGAAGAAAACUAUGAUCACCAAGUGAAGAAGCCAAGAAGAACGAGAUGGAAUAACUCAAGCGUCUCUGAGUUAAAUUUUACAGAUUUGGGGUUAUCGAAAAACCUUUCGAGUGUUAUGGAAGAAAAGGAUGAUACAGAGUCAAUGAUUUCGAGUUGCUCUUCGUCUUUUUCUUCAGUAGCUAGGAGAAGAAGCUGGAUAGGCUCAGGUGAUAAUAGGAAGAGAAGAGAGUCGUUAGAUCCAUCCAUGAUUAAGAAUCAUGAUCAUGACACUAAACAUGCUUCAAUUGCUCGAAGUUCUUCCGCUACUUCACCUUCGCUGUCUAUCCGAAGCUAUGGAGGGAUAGAGGAGAAAUCAAGUAGUAGAACAAGAAGAAGAGAUGGUGUGGUUUCACCAUCUCCAAGAUGGUCUAAAAGCUUAAGCUAUGGAAGUGGAAGUAAUAAGAGUAAGAACCUUCUUCCACCUAAAAGCAAUACCCUUGAAUCCUCAGAUUCGAUAUCGAGGAAAAGAAGCUGGACAGAGACAGAGAUUCUCUGGGAUUCACUUCCUCCAAAAGUUGUAAAUCUCGGAAAGGAAAUUCUGAGACAGAGAGAUACGGCUAUUCGAGCUGCAUCCCAAGCUUUGUUAGAGGCUUCAGCUGCUGAAAGAUUGCUCAAAUGUCUAAGGUCAUACUCGGAGCUUUCGGACAGGAGAAACCAACAUCAAGAAAAUCAACAGCCACCAAUUCAAGAUUUCUUGAGUUUCCAAGCUGAGUUAAGCAAGAGCAGGCUCAUCAUUCAAUCACUAUCAACUGAAAAAACAGAGCAUUCCAACUCCAACAUAGUCAAAACAGGAGAUGAGAGACGCGAAAAGGCGACUCAGUGGAUCAAAUCAGCAUUAGCUACCGAUCUCCAACUGGUUUCUUCUACCGCAAGUAAGCCUACACAGAGCCCCGGGAGAAAGGGUCUUACCCUAAUUGCUCAAGAAAUUGAUAACCGUGAAGAUAACACAAGCGAAAGCGACUCGGGAUUGGGAGAGAGAAAGGAGAGGUUAAGCAGAGCAUCGAGCGAACUUAGAAACUGGCUUAAGGAAGAAGGAAGAAGUUGGUAUCUAAGCCGUGUUGAGAAGUAUUUAGAUGAGAUCAGCAAUGGAACAAAGUGGAGAGAAAUGAGCAGUCAACAAGUAGGGGAAACUAUGUAUCAGAUAAAACGAGUGAGUGAUUGGUUAGACGCCAUUGUUAAAGGAGAAGAAAAUGAGGAAGAAGAAGAAAUGGUGAUGAUGAUGAUGUCAGAGUUUGAAACAGAGGCUUGUGGUAGAGUGAGGAACAAGAUUUAUAGGAUUCUUUUGAAACAUGUUGAGACAACUUCUUUGUUAAGUCAUCAACGUAGUACCAAUCUCAUGUCUAAUCAACAACAACAACAACAACAACAACAACAACAACAGCACUUGUUCCAAAAGACGAUGUCACUUUAGGGUUUCUGAUCUUUUU